CGUGCGUCACUUCCUGCGCGCCCGCGGUGCAGGCUGGGAUAGCAUCCGGGCCUGCCUGUUGCGGGGGGAGCCGGAGCCGCUGCCGUUGUUUCCCUGCUAGGAGAAGGCCCCGAACCCGCCCGGCACCAUGGCGAUGCAAGCGGCCAAGCGAGCCAACAUUCGGCUGCCUCCUGAAGUCAAUCGGAUUUUAUAUAUCAGAAACUUACCAUACAAAAUCACAGCUGAGGAAAUGUAUGAUAUUUUUGGAAAAUAUGGACCUAUUCGGCAAAUCAGAGUUGGAAACACUCCAGAGACUAGAGGAACAGCAUAUGUAGUUUAUGAAGACAUCUUUGAUGCCAAGAAUGCUUGUGAUCAUCUGUCAGGAUUCAAUGUGUGCAACAGAUACCUUGUUGUCUUGUACUACAAUGCAAACAGGGCAUUCCAAAAGAUGGACACAAAGAAGAAAGAAGAGCAACUGAAACUUCUCAAGGAGAAAUACGGAAUAAACACAGACCCACCAAAAUAAAGAUGAGCUCUUUCUGAAAGAUUAUUUUAACUCUUGCUACAGUGUUUUCAGACUGAACCUCAUAAGGACUGUUAAUCAAGUCUGAUUACUUUCAUUUGACCCUUUUACUUGUAUGCCUCUUGCAUAAACUAUUCAUUUUGAAGCUUUGAUAUUUUACGUUUGGAAUUUACUAAAUAAAUGUAGUUCACUUUUGGAUUUGGUCUAAAUUACUUAAAUUUUAGUAAUUCCAUUAAGUGGAUACACUUUUCCUAGAUAGCAAGGAGACCUCAUCAUUGCUGCAUAACUGUAGUGUUUGUUUCCAGUAAUAUGACCAAGUUUUUGAUUCAGUCCUGGUGACAUUCCUCACCCUAGAUAGCUUGUACUAGACUCUGUGCACCACUUAGCUUCCAUUUUUAGGGUAAGUUGCCUUGUGUGGACUUUCUGUAUAAGAGUGAAUUUCAUCCCAUAUUAUGUAUAAAAAUCAGGCACCAUAAAUAAAUGG